CCUCCAUCUGCGGAGUCUGCCUCCAGGUUUCCCGCUUCACGCCCAACAACAAACACGUUCCCUUCGCGACUUUACGCCUCGUUUCUUGUUCCCCACAGUAAUAACAAUAUUUUCGCAGCCCUUUUUUCACGCGUUUCGCGUCUCCCCAAUCAGAAGUGCCUCCCACUCGUUCCCCACCCUUCUCUUGCCAGUUCAGCUACUCGGCACUCUCCCUUAGACAUUGAAAUGGCCACCAUACCUUCUCUUCGGAUUCGCAUCCCCCCUGCCAUUAAUGCCAAUAAUCUGCCGAAUUACACUGCCAGGACUGCAGCAGAGUUGGCUCGAGAACAAAGACUCAAGAAUGACCCUCUUGCCUACAUCGUAGAACCGUACUAUGUCACCUGCAAGCUCUGUGGCUCUCGUAUCAAGCUCUCUGAAAAGAGCACAUACGACGGGCACCACUGGCGUACUCACCGCGGGCGGUGCCUGAAAGCUCGCAAGCAGAGCAUUCCCGGCCUUGGUGGGAAGAAAUUGCCUACGGGAAAGAAGUCUCCCACUCCUUCACCAACACCUUCCCUCACUUCUGACGAAGAUAGCGAACGCGUUAAAGACCUGGACGCGGACUCUCCUCCUUCUCCGUCCGUGCGACCCGAACCCCAUCUCGAGCCCCUGGCCACCUGUGACGCCACCAUCGAGGAAUAUCUCCUUCGAUCUCAUGGUAUUGCAAAAGACUACAAACUCAACUAUCAAUCCUGGAGCUGGUCCCAAUUGAAACUCCCAUGCUUCGUGGCUGCUGCGCCUCUUGGCGACGAUGAAGAUUAACUCCAAUAAUUUAUCUCUGCCUCUUACUCGUUGUAAAUUCGCUGUCAUGUUGCUCUCCCGCAUUUUGCAUCUCAUCACUUUCCGUCCCAGCUUUCCCUUAGUGUAUUCCACCGCAUAUAAUCCCUCCCUCCCGAAGUACAUACAUUACAAGAAAUCCUUUUCAUUGUGCAUACAACUUAUUCCAUCGGCACUCGUGUUCCGAGAUUUUAUUAUACAUACAGAUAUUCAUGGUCGAUUAGUUCAACUAGUAGAUGCUAUAGACUUGAACGGGAACUUGGCUGCACUGCGGUCAGGCACAGAAAAGCCUAAUGGAUCAGGGCUAUGACGUUACGCUACAGCACUCGGGGCGUAACUGCUUACCACUUCAACUUGCU